UUCUUCAUCUUCAUCCUCCUCCUCCUCUCGGUUUCCAUUUUUAAAGUAUAUUCGAGAAAGAAUCAAUCAUCUUCCUCAUUUCAAUCUCAAUUCGAGAAAGGAGUCAACGCCUCAACGAUCUGGAGGUUUCGAAUCGGGGAAUAAUAUAGCUCAGAGUGUGUUUCGUUGAGGGCUUUGCUCAAUCGAGAUCCUUAAUUUAAAGGUUGGGUGGGUCAAAAAGGCUGGAUCUUUCUCUGAUGUGUAUCCUCAUCAAAUGAAAUAAGGAGGAUUCAUCUGUGAAGUUGCAAUGGAACGAGGAAGAAUGAUGAUACAAGGCUUCUUCUUUUGGCUCAUUCUGGUUUUGGAUUUGGUUCUCAGGACAUCAGGCAACGCCGAAGGUGAUGCACUGAGUGCUCUGAAGAACAGUUUAAGCGACCCUAACAAGGUGCUUCAAAGUUGGGACGCUACUCUUGUUACCCCUUGUACCUGGUUUCAUGUUACUUGCAAUCCUGACAAUAGUGUUACUCGUGUGUACGUCUCUCAUGAAAAUGAUUCUGCUUUUUUUUUUUUUUGCAUGUGUACUAAAAGAAUCUUAUCCUUGCGCAGUGACCUUGGGAAUGCCAAUCUAUCUGGCCAGCUCGUGAUGCAGCUUGGUCAGCUCCCAAACUUGCAGUACUUGGAGCUUUACAGCAAUAACAUUACUGGGACAAUCCCAGAGACGCUUGGUAAUUUAACCGAACUGGUGAGCUUGGAUCUUUACUUGAACAAUCUCAGCGGUCCCAUCCCUUCAUCUCUCGGCCGACUAAAGAAACUACGUUUCUUGCGUCUUAAUAACAACAGCUUAUCUGGAGAGAUUCCAAGGUCUUUAACUGCUGUCUCGUCGCUGCAAGUUCUGGAUCUCUCAAACAAUCCUCUCACUGGAGAUAUUCCUGUUAAUGGCUCCUUUUCACUUUUCACACCUAUCAGUUUUGCCAACACCAAUUUGACUCCCCUUCCUGCGUCUCCCCCGCCUCCCCUCUCUCCCACAACUCCAUCACCUGCAGGGAGCAAUAGAAUUACUGGAGCAAUUGCUGGAGGAGUUGCCGCAGGUGCUGCACUUCUAUUUGCUGUUCCUGCCAUUGCACUUGCUUUAUGGCGAAGGAAAACACCACAGGAACACUUCUUUGAUGUACCAGCUGAAGAGGACCCAGAGGUUCACUUAGGACAACUUAAGAGGUUUUCAUUGCGUGAACUACAAGUUGCUUCGGAUAAUUUUAGCAACAAGAACAUAUUGGGUAGAGGUGGUUUUGGUAAAGUUUACAAAGGACGGUUAGCUGAUGGUACUUUAGUGGCGGUUAAAAGACUGAAAGAGGAGCGCACACAAGGUGGAGAACUGCAGUUCCAAACCGAAGUUGAGAUGAUCAGCAUGGCUGUUCAUAGGAACUUGCUUCGGCUUCGUGGAUUUUGCAUGACUCCCACAGAGAGAUUGCUUGUUUAUCCUUACAUGGCUAAUGGAAGUGUUGCCUCCUGUUUAAGAGAACAUCCGGAGUCACAGCCACCACUUGAUUGGUCAAAGAGACAGCGUAUUGCGUUGGGAUCAGCAAGGGGACUUGCGUAUUUACAUGAUCAUUGCGACCCAAAGAUCAUUCAUCGAGAUGUGAAAGCUGCCAAUAUAUUGUUGGACGAAGACUUUGAAGCCGUGGUUGGAGAUUUUGGGCUCGCAAAACUCAUGGACUACAAAGACACACAUGUUACAACAGCAGUGCGUGGUACAAUCGGUCAUAUAGCCCCUGAGUACCUUUCAACAGGAAAAUCAUCUGAGAAAACUGAUGUCUUUGGUUAUGGAGUCAUGCUUCUUGAGCUGAUUACUGGACAAAGGGCUUUCGAUCUUGCUCGCCUCGCUAAUGACGAUGAUGUCAUGUUACUAGACUGGGUGAAAGGGUUGUUAAAAGAGAAGAAACUGGAAGCGCUAGUAGAUGUUGAUCUUCAGGGUAACUACAUAGACGAAGAAGUGGAGAAGCUAAUCCAAGUGGCUCUGCUCUGCACUCAAAGCUCACCAAUGGAAAGACCCAAAAUGUCUGAAGUUGUGAGAAUGCUUGAAGGAGAUGGUUUAGCUGAGAGAUGGGAAGAGUGGCAAAAAGAGGAAAUGUUCAGACAAGAUUUCAACUACCAAAACUAUAACCAACCGAACACUGGUUGGCUUAUAGGGGAUUCCACUUCCCACAUUGAAAACGAAUACCCCUCUGGUCCAAGAUAAUAAGAUUCGUUACACUGAAUGCUUUCUCUUGUCUUUAUUUUUUUACUUCUGUAGGGUUUUAGUUUCUGCUGCUCCAUGUUGUGUUCUUAAGAGGGUACAUGCAGGAGGAUUCAGAUUGGGUUUGUAAGUUUUAUAUGAAAGGGAUUUGAAUGUUGUUGAAAGCUAAAAACCCAAAACAUGGCUUUACUUCUUGAGGAUUGUUUCUCACGUGAUUCACAUUUUGUAUCUCAUCAACUGUACAUGUUACACGUUUAUAUAUCGUUUUGGACAU